GCUCGCACCGCGCGCGCGCGUCUCUACGCUGAAAGAUGAGGAGCAGCAGUGAUUAGUCGGAGAGGGCAGGAGAGAGAGAGAGAGGAAAAAAAGGAAAAGAAGCUCGUCAUGUUUAUUAUGUUAAGUGACAAGAAGGAUAUGAAGAUGAAGAAGAAGUGAUAAUGGUGCGGUGUGGUGAAUUAAGAAUGGCUGUGUGUCACGAGCCGUUUCGGUUUUGUCAGUUGGAAGUUCGCGCGAGGGAGAAUUUGUGAGGAAAAAAAAAAUCCGUUGGGAUAUUUAAACAGGGGCGUCUCGCGCGCGCUGCUGAUUUCACUCCGAUCAGGACGCUGCUACACUAACACACGGAAUACAAACAGAAUUCUUUGUCUUUUUGCACAUUUUUACUUCCAGAAGCAGUUGUGAUGUCUUGAAGCAUUCUCUGGACCUUUUCCGAAGUGCACACGCCGAGAGCUGAUGGGCCGCGUGGCUCCAACAUGAGCAUUCGCGAUGUUGGCGGGCGGCGCCGCUGCUUCGAGGAUGCCGAGCUCUCGCUGCGUGUCUACCCCGGGGCGAUCGCCGUGGGCACCAUCUACUGCCCCGUGUUGGCCCGCAAGAGAACCACGGCCGCCGAGGUCAUCGAGCAGGUGAUCGCUCGGCUGCGGCUGGACCGCACCAAAUGCUACGUCUUGGCCGAGGUGAAGGAGUUCGGCGGGGAGGAAUGGAUCCUAAACCCAAACGACUGCCCGGCUCAGCGCAUGAUGCUGUGGCCUCGUGCUGCGCUCGAGAACCGCUCGGGAAGCGAGGACUAUCGCUUUCUCCUGCGUGAGAAGAACAUCGACGGUUCCAUCCACUACAGCAACGUGGCUAUGUGGCUGCAGCUGACGGAGGAGCGCCGGCGCAUGGUGGAGCGCGGACUGCUGCCUCCGCCGCAGAUACAGGACCACGACGACCUCUGCAAGCUUCCUGACCUGAGCGAAAAGACUCUGCUGGAGAACCUGCGUGCCCGCUUCAUGCAGGAGAAGAUCUACACGUACGUGAGUAGCAUCCUCGUGGCCAUCAACCCCUUCAAGUUUCUGCCCGUCUACAACCCCAAAUACGUCAAGAUGUACGACAACCACGAACUUGGGAAGCUGGAACCGCACAUAUAUGCCGUGGCCGAUGUGGCUUACCACGCCAUGCUGAGACGCAAGCGCAACCAGUGCGUCGUCAUCUCGGGAGAGAGCGGCUCAGGGAAGACACAGAGCACCAAUUUCCUCAUCCAUCAUCUGACGGCGCUCAGUCAGAAGGGCUUUGCCAGCGGGGUGGAGCAGAUCAUUCUCGGAGCUGGGCCAGUGCUGGAGGCCUUUGGCAACGCAAAGACGGCCCACAAUAACAACUCGAGCCGCUUCGGGAAGUUCAUCCAAGUCAACUAUCAGGAGAGCGGCACUGUCAGAGGCGCCUAUGUGGAAAAGUACCUGCUUGAGAAGUCUCGGCUUGUCUAUCAGGAGCACAAUGAGAGGAACUACCAUGUGUUUUACUACCUGCUGGCGGGAGCGAGCGAGGAAGAGAGGACAGCAUUCCACCUCCUCAAGCCUGAAGAAUACCAUUACCUCAGUCAGAUGACAAAGAAACCACAGAAACUGCACUGGGAUAAUUACUAUGAGAGUGAACUGCAGGACUGCUUCACAGUGGAAGGAGAGGAUCUGAAGCACGACUUUGAGCGUCUGCAGCUGGCCAUGGAGAUGGUGGGGUUCCUGCCGGCAACACGAAAACAAAUCUUUUCCCUGCUCUCAGCCAUUCUUCAUUUAGGCAACAUCCGGUAUAAGAAGAAGACGUACCGGGACGACUCCAUCGAUAUCUGCAAUCCCGACGUCCUGCCCAUCGUCUCAGAGCUGCUAGAGGUGAAAGAGGAAAUGUUAUUCGAAGCCCUGACGACACGCAAGACGGUGACGGUGGGAGAAAAGCUGAUCGUGCCCUACAAACUGGCCGAGGCCGGGACUGUGCGUGACUCCAUGGCUAAAUCUCUGUACAGUGCUCUGUUCGACUGGAUCGUGUUCAGAAUCAAUCACGCCCUGCUCAACCACCGAGAGCUAGAGGAGUCGGCCAAGAUAUUAUCUAUCGGCGUCCUCGACAUCUUUGGCUUCGAAGACUACGAAAAUAACAGCUUCGAACAGUUCUGCAUCAACUUCGCCAACGAGAGACUGCAGCAUUACUUCAACCAGCACAUCUUUAAGCUGGAGCAGGAAGAGUACAGGGCAGAGGGCAUCACCUGGCAUAACAUAGAUUACAUCGACAACACGGGCUGCAUCAACCUCAUCAGCAAGAAACCCACGGCGCUGCUUCACCUACUGGACGAGGAGUGCAACUUCCCACAGGCCACUAACCAGACAUUGCUGGACAAGUUCAAGCGGCAGCAUGAAGGGAACAGCUACAUCGAGUUUCCUGCCGUCAUGGAGCCAGCGUUUAUCAUCAGACACUACGCUGGAAAGGUCAAGUACGGUGUGAAGGACUUCAGAGAGAAGAACACAGACCACAUGCGGCCUGACAUCGUAGCCCUGCUGAAGAGCAGCAGAAACGCUUUCAUCGGUGGCCUGAUCGGCAUCUACCCGGUGGCCACGUUCCGCUGGGCCGUGCUGCGGGCGUACUGCAGAGCCGUGGUGGCCUUCAGGGAGGCGGGAAGGAGACACACCGAGAAGAAGACUGGGCAUGAUGCUGCCGCUCCAUGUGCAGUUUUGAAAAGUGUGGAUAGUUUUAGCUUUCUGCAUCACCCUGUGCAUCAGAGAAGCUUAGAGAUCCUACAGAGGUGCAAGGAGGAGAAGUACAGUGUGAGCCGGAGGACUCCCCGCACUCCACUCUCAGACCUGCAGGGCAGCAACAACGAGCGCUCUUGCCGGGAGAGCAGAAAUGGACGCUCCGGGAGACAAAGUCGACUGUCUUCCAGCGGUACGAUCGCAGAUGAAGAUGGGAUCUUCAUCAACUCAACCAGCAGCAAGCUUCUAGAAAGAGCACAUGGCAUUCUGAUGAGGAACAAAAACUACAAAAUGAAACCCAGCCUUCCGAAGCACCUGCUGGAUGUGAAGUCUUUAAAGUAUCUGAGCAACCUGACACUGCACGAUCGCAUCACCAAGUCCCUGCUGCACCUCCACAAGAAGAAGAAACCUCCAAGUAUUAGUGCCCAGUUUCAGGCAUCUCUCAAUAAGCUGAUGGAGACUCUCGGCCAGUCUGAGCCUUACUUCGUAAAGUGCAUCCGAUCAAACGCAGAGAAGCUGCCCUUGAGAUUUAACGAUGCUCUGGUGCUGAGGCAGCUUCGCUACACAGGCAUGCUGGAGACUGUGCGCAUCAGACAAUCAGGCUACAGCAUCAAAUAUACCUUUCAGGAGUUUAUCCGGCACUUUCACGUGAUGCUACCUGAGGACGUACAGGCCAUGCAGGAGGACAUCAGGCGCUACAUCUGCCAGACGGACCUCGCCCCCGAUGGCUUUCAAGUGGGCCGCACGAUGGUGUUCAUGCGUGAGGUGGCGCGCCAGAGACUGCAGGAUCUGCUCCAUCAGGAGGUGCUACGGAGGAUCGUCAAUCUCCAGCGCCGUUUCCGAGCUGUGCGCGAGAGGAAGAUCUUUCUCAGGAUGAAGCACGCGACCCACCUCAUACAGGAUUGGUGGCGGAGCAUCCAGGCCAAGCAAAGAGACGAGCAGCUACAGUAUGAUGAUAAUGUCAGACAGGGGGCAGCAAUCUGCUUACAGUCAGCCUGGAGAGGAUUCCAUGAGCGCCGCAGAUUCCUGAUGUGGAAGGAAGCAGUAGUGAUAAUCCAAAGAAGCUGGAGACUGUGCUGCUACAGACGCGGUCAAGCUGCUGUCAUCAUCCAAGCCGCCUGGAGAAGCUACAAGACCAGGGAGCAGUACCUUCAUCAACGUCAUGUCAUCAUUCUCUUCCAAGCAGCGUGUCAAGGUUGUUUGGCAAGGCAAAGGUUCCAGGAACUGAAAGAGCAGAAGUUGAAGGACACACAGCUGCUAAAUGGACAAACAAGCCCAUCAUCUCCAGAGGAAGAAAAACUAAAGAUCAUGGGUCUGGAUGUGAGCAUGUGGGAGGACCGUUCUUUCGAGGAGCGAGAAAGAAGCUUCCAGCACCUUCGUGAGGCCGAUGCUCCCCAGGAAGAGUUGCAUCAGAAGGGUAAACAGAUGCAAGAAGAAGAGACAGAAGCACAACCACGAGCUCAAGUGGUGAUCAGAGAGCGAGCACGCCCAUUCGAUGACUCCAGCACGGGCCUAAAAACACGGGCUAAAAGAGAAAGCCGGCGUAUGCGGGAGUUGGAGCAGGCCAAGUUUAGCCUGGAGCUUCUUAAGGUGCGUUCCACAGGGGGAACAUCUCCAUCCGAGGACAGGCGCUGGUCUGUGGAGUUUCCCAGUGAUGGUGCCCUGUCACCUCAAGGCACUCCAGAUAGUCAAAGCUCGAAAGGAAGCUUUGAGCUGGUUAGUAUGGAUGACUAUGCAAAAGAAAAACCUUCAUGUGAUGAGUCGGGGGACCUUAACUCAUCUUUUUCAGCACUUCCCCUACAUGAAGUGCUCCCUAGCAGCCCCAAGCUUGCACUUCCCCCUGAACCUCAGUCGCCUGCCAUUUUCAAAGCCGAAUCAGACAAUCUUCCUGCUUUGUCCAAACUGGAGAACUCUCUUCCUACUUUCUAUGUUCCUGCUCAAGAGAACAACUCUGUCUUUGCAAAGUCUAGUAUGAACUCAUCCAUCUCACAGCAUCAGAGUCCAGAAAAGCCAGUAAAGGACGGAAAGCCGUUGUCACACAGACCGGUUGUGGUUGUGAUUAGCAUGCAGAAGGACGGCUUGCCUGAUGCCUUGUCUGAUUUGAAGCCACCAGAUGUAAGAGACAGUUCUGUUCAGACCAGUGAGCCUCCCAGCCCGGUGCAUGGUGAAAGAACCACCAGGUCCAUGCUGGAGAGGCUUGAGAAGCUCAAUGAGGCCAAACAGGAGCGGCAGAAGCACCAGCAAGAGCAGAAUGAAAGGGAGAUGAUGGAGCAGAUCCGCCAGCAGAAGGAGAUCCUGGAGAAGCAACGCAAGGACUUUGCCUAUUUCGAAAGAGAGAUGUUUGAGAAGCAGAGAGGCGAGGCCCUGCAAAGGAUUGAGCAAAGUAGGCAAGAAAGAUUCAGAAAGGCCUCGGACAGAAGUGACCCUAUAGCACAGCCAGAGCCUGAUCUCAUCUCACUACAAACAAAAGACAAACAGGGUACACCGACCAAAACAAGAGAAAGACCAAAGGGCAAACAGAAUGUCUCCGAUGGAUGGUCUCCAAAACUUACCUUAGACUCUCAUCAGGGUGCCCCCAAAGAAGUCCAAAAGAAACCACCUACCUCAAGUGUCAACAUUAACAUGUCCGAGCGACGUGGAGAUGUUUUUUUCUCUCCCAAGGACAAGGUUUCCUUCUCGACACACCUGUGUUACAGGUUUGAAAAGGGAAUUACCGUUAGAGGGAAGUCUGCGGGAGUUCAGAAGGAGGCCAGAACCUCAGAUAUUAAAUCCGUGAAGCCUCUCAAAGGGCGUGAGGUUGCCAGACCAGGCCAUAAAAAAGCCCGCAUGGCGCGGACACGCGCAGACUUCCUGACCCGCGGUUCAAAUCUUCCAGGGGAGGGGGAGUCAGAGGAGGAAGAGUAUGAUGAGACCCCUCUGUCCAUUGGCCCACCCCUCCCCAAGCAGGACUCAGAGGGGGGGACACUAGACGCAUGUCACAGUGACUCUGAAAUGCCAUCCACAUUCCUCGGAGAGCAGAAGAGGAUGAUGCAUAAAGCCAUGUCUUCUGGGGACCUCGGCAAGGGUGACUCGCUGAGAAAGAUUUCACAUGGAGACGGAAGGGUUCGGGGCAAGAUGAAGUUCUGGGGAAAGACAAAGCAGGGAGAGAAGAAAACGUCCAGAGACAGACUAAUGUAUGCCGGUGAGUCUCUAGAUGGGGACUACCCUGAUACUGCACUCCUCGUGGCGGAAGGAGAGUCCUUGUCCCCUCCUAAUAGCCCUGAAUUCAGCUCUCUGCCAGAGUUCAAGGAGAACAAGGAGCCCUCGCCCAAAGUGAAGCGGCAUCGCAGUGUAAAGAUCAGCAGCGCAGCUCUAGAGCCCGCCCAGUGGCAGAACGACGCACUACAGAUCCUCACAUGUGCAAACGACUACAAGAGUAUGAACGAGUUCCUCAUGAAGAAGAUUGCUGAUCUAGAUACUGAGGACAGUAAGAAGGACACAAUGGUGGACGUUGUGUUUAAAAAAGCACUGAAGGAGUUCCGCCUGAACAUUUUCAACUCUUAUACCACCGCUUUGACUAUGGAUGAUGGGAAAAGCAUCCGGUAUAAAGACCUACACGCACUGUUCGAGCAGAUCCUAGAGAAGACGAUGCGUCAGGAGCAGAGAGACUGGAGCGAAUCCCCCGUUCGAGUUUGGGUGAACACCUUUAAAGUGUUCUUAGACGAGUUCAUGACGGAGUAUAAGCCACUAGACAGCAGUAUGAACAAGGUCAUCAAGCCGGAUCGAAAGAAGAGGAGGAAGAAGGACAUUGAUAUUGUAGAGGAACACAAUGGCCACAUCUUCAAGUCCACUCAGUACAGCAUCCCCACCUAUUGCGAGUUCUGCUCCUCCCUAAUCUGGAUGAUGGACAGGGCGUGCGUUUGCAAACUGUGCCGAUACGCUUGUCACAGAAAGUGCUGUCUGAAGACAAUCAGCAAGUGCAGCAAGAAGUAUGAUCCUGAGCUAUCAUCAAGGCAGUUUGGUGUAGACGUCUCCCGUUUGACCCAGGAUGACCGAUCGGUACCUCUGGUGGUAGAGAAACUCAUUAACUAUAUCGAGAUGCAUGGCCUCUACACAGAAGGCAUCUAUAGGAAAUCUGGCUCUGCCAAUAAGAUCAAGGAACUGAAACAGGGUCUGGAUACAGAUGUUAGCAGUACAAACUUGGACGACUACAACAUCCAUGUCAUCGCCAGCGUUUUCAAACAGUGGCUGCGUGAUUUGCCUAAUCCCCUAAUGACCUUUGAACUGUAUGAGGAAUUUCUAAGAGCCACGGGCCUUCAAGAAAAAAAAGAGGUGGUACGAGGGGUGUACUCUGUGAUCGAUCAGCUCAGCAGAACUCACCUCAACACUCUGGAAAGGCUCAUCUUCCACUUGGUCAGGAUUGCUCUGCAAGAAGAGACCAACCGGAUGUCCGCCAACGCGCUGGCCAUUGUUUUCGCUCCUUGUAUCCUGCGGUGUCCCGACACGAUCGACCCUCUGCAGAGUGUUCAGGACAUCAGCAAAACCACAGCAUGUGUAGAACUGAUCAUUUACGAGCAGAUGAACAAGUACAAAGCCCGGCUGAAGGAUAUCAACACCCUGGAGUUCGCUGAGAAUAAAGCAAAGAGCCGUCUGACGUUUAUCCGUAGGUCCAUGGGUAAAGGACGACCACGUAAGCUCAGCUAUCAGUCACCAUCUCCUCCUGUGAGUCCUCGCUCUCCCAUAGCCCCUGAGGUUACGGAGGAGAGCGGAGACGAGGACACCAUCAGAGACGCCGACGUGACGGACCAGCAGCAAGUCGCCAUGCAGCAAGAAGAAAGAGUGCUGACGGAACAGAUCGAAAGUCUGCAGAAAGAGAAAGAGGAGCUGACGUACGAGAUGCUGUCCCUGGAGCCGCGAGCAUCUGACGACGAAACUUUGGAGUCUGAAGCGUCUAUAGGGACUGCUGACAGCUCCGAAAACCUGAACAUAGACUCUGAAGGUGCCGUCUCUGAUUUCUCAGAAAAAGGCACCCCGUUAGCUGCCACCCGCCCCAAGAAGUCCCAGGGGAAAAGCAGGAGGAUGUUGCGGCGACAGCCCGACUCUCUGGACUCUGUGGACUCUUGCUCCACCAUGUCCUCAGUCUCCUCGCAGCCUUCUGCUCCUCCACGGCGCUUCCGGCUCCGAUCCAAAAUGCGUUCGUCCAGCCAGGAUGCAACCGAGCAGGACGGCGACGAGAGGCCCCGCUUCAGCACCCGAGGCACUUUUAGCCCAGAAAAGAGCAAGAAGACGCAAAACGCCAAGUACUCUCCUCAGAAACCCCCAGAGGACCAGGGACACAACAGAGACCCAGACCUUCAGGCACAGCAGCUAGUGUUAUAUGGCAAAAACGAGUUUAUGGUGUAGUAGUUGCUUGUCUUCCCUCAUUUGCUGUCAUUCCUCUGCUCUCCUCUGGCUACGUCCUCGGCGACAGCAGAACCAGUCCCUAAAGUGCCAUGGGGAAGAAGUGUGGUGGA